AUGAAGAUUUUGGUUAUUGUCGCUCUUUUCGCUUGCGCUACCGCAUUCAGGCUUGACGAUGACAAGAUCGUCGGUGGAGUAACAGCUAAACAAAAUGAGUUCCCAUUCAUCGUUUCCUUGAGAAGGAAGUCUUGGUGGCUCGGCAGCACUGCUUCUCACUUCUGUGGUGGUUCCAUCAUUGGAACUAACAAAGUUCUCACUGCUGCUCACUGUACUUCCGGUACCUCUGCUUCUGAUAUUACCGUUGCUGCUGGUCAAUUUGACAAAAGCAGUGAUACUGACGACAAUGAACAAAUUCGAACUGCUUCGAGGAAAUCUGAGCAUCCCGGCUAUAACUCUCAAACAAUUGACAUGGAUUUCGCGGUCUUGACAAUGUCUAGCUCGUUUACAUUUAACACAAAUGUUGCUAAAAUUACAAUGGGAGGAGCUCAACCUGGUCAAAUGCUUACUGUUUCUGGUUGGGGUACUCUUUCCGCAGGUGGUUCCUCCCCUAACAAUCUUCAAAGAGUAGAUGUCCCUGCUAUCACAAAUACUGAAUGUAAUGCUGCCUAUAAGGGCGGAAUCACCGAUAACAUGCUAUGCGCUGGUUACAGUGCUGGUGGUAAAGAUUCUUGUCAAGGUGACAGUGGUGGCCCAUUGGUCCGUUUUGAUGGUACAAUUCCAACCCUUGUCGGUGUUGUUAGCUGGGGCAAUGGUAUGUCCUAUCACAACUGUUUUAAUAACUACUGA